GGGCGGGUUCGGGAUGGGUCCGGGGUUCGGGUCGCAGCUCAGGUUACUGCGGACGUGCGGGUCGUGUUGGAGAACCAGCCCGCCAUGGUUCCGGCAUUCAGGCUGUUUAUCUGGGUUCGGUUCGGUUCUGUUGACCCAAACUGGUCUUUUAGCUUCGGUAACAAACUUUAACAAAGUCAAACUCCCGAACUACAGACGGGAUUACUGGGCUACUCCGCCAGGUUCGGAACAUGAGGUGGGUUUUUAGAGCAGAACCAUGGGACCCAGAAGGUUCUCCUCCAGAACCUUCAGAACCUCUCCUGGUGUUUGGGUCCAGAACUGAUCCAGAGGGACAGAUGAACAGUAACUGGAGGAUCCGGGUCCUGGUUCCGAACCAAAUAUUCAGACCUCAAGUUCAGAUCAGAACCCGGUUAAUGGAUCAGAACCAUACAAAACAAACCCGGUUAACGGAUCAGAACUCUGGGAAUACUUUGUUUACAUGUUGACCCGGUAAAUCACCAGAACUUCAGGUUCUGGUCACCAUUGGGUCUGGAUGGUGUUCCACCAUUGGGUCUGGACUUUGACUAGGACGUUCUGUUGGAGCUCAGCUGCUGGUUUGGAUCCUGGCUCGACCCGGUGACCCCUGGGUGACCCCGGGUCAUGUCACCGACAUCCUGCUGGUUAAACAAGUUAAAGAACUGAAAACCCAACCCGACUGGUUCUGAAACUCCAGAACAUUCUGCAGAGGAGGCGGGUUCUGGGUUCUGGGGUCAGAGGUCAGCAGAGAUGAAUGGAGGGAACCAGUAACCCAGAUCCAGCUGCCGAUCGGACCUGAAGGGUCACAUGGUUCUGGUCCGGUCCGGUCCGGAAUGUCUGGUUCUGGUCAGGCGGCUUCAUGGGAAACUUUUCCUCAGUGGGGAAGAUGGCUGCCUGUCAGACAGGAAGUUAGCAUGUUGUUAGCUUCCUGCUGAUUGAACGUAAUGAGCCACAGAAUGGAGCCGGUGCUACGGAAAGCCAGACCUGCCACAAAUCUCCACAGCUAGCUGCCGUACCCGAAACAUCACACACAGUUUUAUAGGACACUGUAAAAUACGGUGGAGGAAUCCUGCCAAAACUCCACUAAAGCGUAAAAACAAUCAGUUUAUCUUUACGCCACUGACUGGAGUUCAGUUUAAUUCAGUAGCUCUAACGGUGGUUUUUACAGUUUCACAGCUUCCUGAUUUUUACUCCGUUAAAGUGACAGACAUGCAGCUGAUUGGCUGCAGCCGGCCCGGUGUGAGGUUCUGGUUCUGGUCCUGGAUGCUCAUGGUUGUGUUGGCCUGAGUCCGAGCCGCUGCAGCAGGAGGAGGAAGAGGAGGAUGACGAAGGGGAAACCCUGCAGCACCCCCUCCCUCUGACGCAGCUCCAUGCUGAGAGCUGGGCUGUGAUUGGCUGAGCAGUGUGUGCGGCCGUGAUUGGCCGGCGGGGCUGCAGUGAUGCUGCGGCGCUCUGGAGGAUGACGCUGCAGCAGGCCGUCCCACAGCACCAGAUGUUCCUGAACGCAUCGCGGGACGCUGCGUCUCUCGUCUUGCAGCAGGAAGUGAUGCGGUUCUGAUCUGACCCGGCCCGCUCCAGGAUGCUGCAGGAUCUCCUGGCUCUGCUGAGCCGGGCCGAGGCGGCCGGUUCCGACCCGGCCGGUUCUGCAGGACGCUGCGAGACGCUGCAGGUGGUCCUCCAGCGAAGCCCCGCCCCCUCCGGCCAGGACGCCGCUCCCAGUGCUCCCAGCAGGACCAGCAGGUUGAUCCUGACGGCGGAACCUCCGGACCUGCAGCAGCGCAUGGUGACGGCGGGCGAUAAGGACCUGGACGGCCAGCUGGACUUCCAGGAGUUCGUUCAGUAUCUCCGGGAUCAUGAGAAGAAGCUGCGGCUCGUCUUCAAGAGUCUGGACAGGAAGAACGACGGCCGGAUCGACUCGCAGGAGAUCAUGCAGUCGCUGCGGGAUCUGGGGAUCCACCUGACGGAGGAGCAGGCCGAGGAGAUCCUGAGGAGAAUAAGGGCGGGGUUCAUCUGGACCCCGGUCCUGCACAUGGAUAAAAACGGCACCAUGACCAUCGACUGGGACGAGUGGCGGGACUACCACCUGCUGCACCCGGCCGACAACAUCCCCGAGAUCAUCCUGCACUGGAAGCACUCCACGAUCCUGGACGUUGGCGAGAGCAUCGUCGUCCCGGACGAGUUCACCGCGGAGGAGAAGAAGACCGGCAUGUGGUGGCGCCACCUGGUGGCCGGAGGAGGCGCCGGCGCCGUGUCCCGGACCUGCACGGCGCCGCUGGACCGGCUGAAGGUUCUGAUGCAGGUCCACGCCUCCAAAACCAACAGCAUGCGCAUCGGCAGCGGCUUCCUGCAGAUGAUCCGCGAGGGCGGCGUGCGCUCGCUGUGGAGAGGAAACGGCAUCAACGUGAUCAAAAUCGGUCCAGAGUCCGCCAUCAAGUUCAUGGCCUACGAGCAGAUUAAACGGCUCAUCGGGAGCAACCAGGAGACGCUGGGAAUGACGGAGAGGUUCGUGUCGGGAUCUCUGGCUGGGGCGAUCGCCCAGAGCAGCAUCUACCCCAUGGAGGUUCUGAAGACCCGGUUGGCCCUGAGGAAGACGGGUCAGUACUCUGGGAUCCUGGACUGCGCCAAACACAUCCUGCAGAGGGAAGGCGUGGCGGCGUUCUACAAGGGCUACGUCCCCAACAUGCUGGGCAUCAUCCCGUACGCCGGCAUCGACCUGGCCGUCUACGAGACCCUGAAGAACUCCUGGCUGCAGCGCUUCGCCACGGACAGCGCCGACCCGGGAGUCUUUGUGCUGCUGGCCUGUGGCACCACCUCCAGCACCUGCGGGCAGCUGGCCAGUUACCCGCUGGCGCUGGUCCGGACCCGGAUGCAGGCGCAAGCCUCGCUGCCGGCCGGCCCCCAGCUCUCCAUGUCGGCCCUGUUCCGGCUCAUCGUCCGUACAGAGGGCCCGCUCGGACUCUAUCGGGGCCUCGCCCCGAACUUCAUGAAGGUCGUCCCGUCCGUCAGCAUCAGCUACGUCGUCUACGAACACCUCAAGAGGUCGCUGGGGGUCCAGUCCAGGUGAACCGGACCUGACCGGAACCUUCGUCCUCCGACCCAGAACCGGUUCUGAUCUCUGAACACGGUGACCCGGCUCGGAUCGGACCGGGACCGACCCGCUGAUCUUCAUCAUGUCUGAUGAGGAUGAUGAUCCGGUUCCAUCUGGUUCUGGACCAUUAAGAUGAACCGGUUCUGGUUCUGGUGGACCAUCUCAGCUCCUCCGGGUUUGAGGGUUCUGGAUCAGAACCAGAACCGCCCGGUCCCAUCUGACCGGGAUGGAUUCCCUCCAGAACUUGACCCAGAUCAGAACCAGAGGGACGGGUCAGCAGAACCUCCACGCGGACACCGGGACUCCGUCACCAUGGCAACCAGCAUCGCGUCAUUUCCGGUAACAUGAUCCCAGCAUGAGGCGUUCAUGUUGCAUGGGAAAACUCCAACUUUCCUGAUCAUAGAAACUAGAAACACUCCUGAACUCACAGAACUGAUUCCCUACCGGACCGAACCGGCCGGAUCCGAACAGACCGGACCGGACCGGACCGGACCCCUCAACUGGUCUCUUCUAUUUAUUUCAGUAUUUAUUGGUUUCGCUGAUCAUGAUGAAACUGAUUGUUUGGACCAGAAGGUUCUGCUUAAAACUGAAACACUGAAUGUUUUCAUUCUCUGACCCAUCAGAACCACCAGAACCAUCAGAAUAAAGGCUGGAAUGUUUCA